UGCCUCCAAGCCUCCAUAUAUAUCAACCAACCUCCCGUCCGUAAGCAGAGCAGAGCAGCAGCACCACCCACCUCCAAUGGCCUCCUCCACUUGUACCCGAGCCCAGCUGGCCGUCGCCCUCCUGGCCGUCGCGCUGUGCAAUGCGGCCCUCCUCGUCGUCGUCGACGCCGGCUACCCCCGCGGCGGGGACUACCGGGCGCAGUUCCUGUUCCAGCAGAACGCGGCGCGGGCGGCGAUGGGGCUGCCGGCGCUGAGGUGGGACGAGCGGGUGGCGGCGUACGCGCGGUCGUACGCCGAGUCGCGGCGCGGGGACUGCGCGCUGGUGCACUCGUCGGGGCCAUACGGGGAGAACCUCUUCUGGGGGAGCGGCACGGGGUGGGCGCCGGCGCAGGCCGUCGGGGCGUGGCUGGCGGAGCGGCCCCGGUACGACUACUGGAGCAACCGCUGCAGCGGCGGCAUGUGCGGGCACUACACGCAGAUCGUGUGGCGCGGCAGCACCCGCGUGGGCUGCGCCAUGGUCGAGUGCUACGCCGGCCGCGGCACCUUCAUCACCUGCAACUACGACCCGCCCGGCAACUACGUCGGCAUGCGCCCCUACUGAACACCCAUGACGGACCGGCCGCUGCGGCCGCCGUCGCGCCGCGUUGCCGCUCCGUCUCGCCGGCCUUCUUCGCAGCCCCGUUGCCGGCCGGCCAGCGCGUACGGGCGAUGCGGCGCGGCGUAGUAAUGUCUCGCUGUCCCAUUCAUUGUUGCCCAUCGAGAGUUGAAGACGAAUCGAUGGCGAUGCCACGAGUGUACAAAAUAUUUUUUUCACUGCUAUACUACUAGUGCUGCAUUUUAUUUAUCCUUGCCAGAAUAUAUAUACUCCUGUUGUGGUUACGAAACAAAAUCUGAAAUGAAUCCUGAGCUA